GAAAAAACUUUGACAAUUUUGUAUUGAUUAAGUGGCGGAAGCAGCCAACUAUGAACAACCACAUCUAAACUAUGAAAACUUCAACAUUUCUCACCCAAUUUUCAAACCCUUUUUCUGAUCUCAAUCUCUCCGUUUUCCCUUCUCAAAUUCUCUCAUUUUCAUGCCUCAAUCCCCAAUCUUCUCUUUCCCCCUCUCUAUAGGUUUAUAGCCUAAACCCCCAAUUAACAAUAAACAAAAUGAAUCACCACCAGAAACUUGCCUAUUACUUCAUCUUGGCACUCUGUUCUUCCUCUUUCAUCGCUCUUCUCUCUGUUCUCCUCUUCUUCAUUUGCAGAAACCACCCCCAUCGUCAACUCCCCGACGAAUCCCCGCCGCCGGUGAAGCCCUCUGCCCGACCCCACACACUAAUCGACAUCUACACCGCCACCGAAGGUUUCAACCACCGCCGCGUCAUCGGUGAAGGCCGAUUAGGCACAGUUUACGCCGCCUUGUCGGAAACAGGGGAGCUCAUCGCCGUCAAAAGAAUCUACCCAUGGUUAGUUCUAAGCAACAAUAAUGCCGGAAUUGGCUUCUCUUCAGUAAUCAAAUCCCUCUCUUCCGCCCAACACCCAAAUCUCGUCUCCAUCACCGGCUACUCAGAAGCCCCCGGCGAACGAAUCAUCGUGAUGGAAUACGCCGGCGUCGUGAAUUUAGACAUGUACUUACACCAAAACCCAGAUGGGGCAUUUCUAUUAAAUUGGAAACAUCGUGUAAAAAUCGCAGCAGGGGCAGCCAGAGGACUUCAAUACCUACACGAAUCAAUGGCGCCGAGCGUAAUCCAUGGGUGCGUGAAGCCAUCAAACAUACUAAUCGACGCGGAAUUCAUCCCGAAACUGAGCGAUUACGGGCUGAAUUACUUAGCGGCGAGAGAGAAAAGGGGGUUGGUGGGUUAUGUAGACGAUGAGUACUGGCAGGGGAAGGGCGGGCAGGGGAGUUGCAAGGAGAACGAUGUGUACGGAUAUGGGGUUGUGUUGUUGGAGCUUUUGAGUGGAAGGGGUUGCGAAGAAGGGUGGUUGGUGAAAUGGGCGCUGCCAUUGAUAAAGGAGAUGAGAUUCAGUGAAGUUUUGGAUCCGAGAAUUGAGUAUCCUUCAGAUUUGAAGCCAUUCAUGAGAAUGGGGAAGGUUGCUUUGGCUUGUGUCGGGAAUUGUAGAAAGAGCAGGCCCGCGAUUGGUCAAGUGGUUGCCAUUUUGAACAAUUUAGAAACUCAGGUAAUUUGUUUUAAAUAAUUAAAAUACAUGGAU